UUUGCCCCUGGUUCAUCAUCAUGGGGAAUAUUCCAAUAUCAGGUCAUAAGAAUCUUCCGGUGACCUACUACUGCAUGCCAGAAAGUGCCGGUGCCUCACAAUCGGUUGUGGAUCCAGUGAUCAACCCCUUGGACUUCCAGAAACAAGAAGUUUCUAAACCAAGCGAUGCCUUUGGAAACAACUACUAUCAAAAUGAGAUAGGAGAAAAUGUAAAAAUUGAUGAGCCAUUUAAGCCAGCUACCCAAAGAAGUGAAUUUUCCUUUGCUGAACCUUUCAAAUCAUCAUCUGAGGGUCCAACAGUUUCAAAAGUUAAUGAUGAAUCAGGGGUAACAGAGCGAGAUAAUGAACAAGAGGGAGUUUCAAGAGUAUCCUACAAGCAGUAUAUGAAGGAAUGGAAAGAUAAUGAACAAUAUCGCAGACAAAGCGCCAGAGUGGUACAAGCUAAGACCAAUUCUGACACAUCAGUGAAGGCAGCUCAAGAAUCUGUCAGUGUCAGCUGGAGUGAAGAAAGGAAAGAACCAAUCAAAGCUUCACAGUUUGCUACAUCCAGUAAACCUAAUUAUGCUUACCAGGCUCAAAAGUACGAGGUAUCAGCUUCCAAUGACGGGUUUGGGAUAUCUCAAUCACACCAACGUGUAGAAGAAGGUGCUGUAUCUCAAGUUGCCACUAGAAUCCAAGCUAGGUAUGGUGGAAGAGCUAUCAGAAAUGAAAUAUCAGGUUAUUCAGCAGCAAGAAAUUUGUCCUUCAACAGACCUAAUUAUACAGCCAGAAAAAGAGAGGACUUCCAUGAUUUUAAUGACAACGGCACAGGUGACCGGUGGGAAAGGGAUGAAUAUUCAGGCUCUUACACUCGUAAAUUUGAGGGUCCCAGAGCAUGGAAUCAGAGGAACAACAAUUACGCACCUAUGGACAAUAUAAAUCCACCUGAUUGGAAAAAUAGUAAACUAACCACUUUUCGCAAAAACUUUUAUCAACCUCACCCGAAUACGGAGAACCGGCCUGUAGAAGAACUGAAAAAGUUUUAUGAUACACAUAAAAUAAAGGUGUAUGGUGAUGCUCCAAAGCCAAUUUUACAUUUUGAGGAGGCAAACUUUCCAAAAUAUGUUGCAGAUACAGUACAUAAAAUUGGCUUUGAUAAUCCGACACCAAUCCAGGCGGUUGGUUGGCCAAUAGCUAUGAGUGGCCUUAAUAUGGUUGGUGUUGCACAAACAGGUUCAGGGAAAACUUUGGGGCCGUCACUGUCAAAGCCAAUUAUCAGGCAGUUCUCAAACAUGGCUAGUAAAAAAAGGAAAAACUCAAAUGGUGGAAAUUCUGGAAGUGGCGAUGAUAAAGACAAAGAAAUCAGCAUUGAACAAAUGUAUCAGAAGAAGUCCCCAGAAGAACACAUUUUACUGAGACCUGAUUCUUAUAUAGGAUCUGUGGAACCAGUCACAGAAACAAUGUGGGUGUAUGACCCUGGAACCAAAGCGAUGACACAGAAAGAAAUCACUUAUGUCCCUGGCUUGUACAAAAUCUUUGAUGAGAUUCUGGUAAAUGCUGCUGAUAACAAACAGCGAGAUCCUAAAACAAAUUGUAUCAAAAUAGAUAUAGAUGCUAAGAAAAAUAUGGUUUCAAUAUGGAAUAACGGUAGGGGGAUCCCUGUGGUGGUGCAUAAAAGCGAGAAAAUGUAUGUUCCAACGUUAAUCUUUGGACAUCUCCUUACAUCCUCUAACUACAAUGAUGAGGAGCAGAAAGUAACGGGUGGAAGGAAUGGCUUUGGAGCAAAACUGUGCAAUAUUUUCAGCUCAGAGUUUACUGUUGAAACUUGCAGCUCUGAGUAUAAACUUUGUUUUAAACAAACUUGGAAAAAUAACAUGUCAGUGGAAACAGAACCUAUAAUAACGCCAAGUGCAGACGAAGAUUACACCAAAGUAACAUUUUAUCCAGAUCUUCGCAAAUUCAAAAUGAACAAAUUGGAUGAAGGGAUUCUAGAUUUGAUGAAGAGAAGAGCUUACGAUGUUGCAGCUUCUACUAAUGGAGUUCAAGUGUAUCUAAAUAAAAAUCUUAUACCUGUGACAAAUUUUAAAGAUUACGUUCAGUUGUUUGUAAAGACGAAAAAAGAUUUAAACGACAACCAAGCAAAGAUAGUUUAUGAGAGAGUCAAUGAUCGGUGGGAGGUUGCUAUGGCUGUAUCUCCUGAUGGAUUUCGCCACAUGAGUUUUGUCAACAGCAUCGCAACCACCAAAGGUGGUCGUCACGUAGAUCUUGUAGCUGAACUGAUCACCAAACAGCUCAUGGAGGUUUUCAAACAGAAGAAAAGAGGAGUAGAUGUGAAGCCUUACCAAAUCAAAAACCACAUGUGGCUGUUCAUCAACUGUCUUAUUGUUAACCCGACAUUUGAUUCCCAAACAAAGGAAACCAUGACACUUCAACCCAAAAGUUUUGGCUCUAAGUGUAGUCUUUCUUUAAAGUUCAUCAAAGAAAUUACCAAGUCCGGUAUUAUUGAAACUGUUCAAUCUUGGGCUAAAUUCGAGCAGGAAAGUCAACUUGAGAGGGCUUUGAGUGGUAAAAAACAGAACAAACUGAAAGGAAUACCCAAACUAGAAGAUGCAAAUGAUGCAGGAACAAGCAAGUCACUGGAUUGCACUUUGAUAUUGACAGAAGGAGAUUCAGCCAAAUCCCUAGCUGUUUCAGGUCUUGGAGUCAUUGGAAGAGAUAAAUACGGUGUAUUUCCCCUCAGAGGCAAGUUGCUCAAUGUACGAGAAGCUACUCACAAGCAAAUACUGGAAAAUGAAGAAAUAAACAACAUUAUUAAAAUUACUGGUUUGCAAUACAAAAAGGUUUACAAGACAGUCGAUGAUUUGAGGAGUUUAAGGUAUGGUAAAUUAAUGAUAAUGACAGAUCAAGACCAAGAUGGUUCCCACAUUAAAGGAUUGAUAAUCAAUUUUAUCCAUUCCAAUUGGCCAUCAUUAUUAAAGCUUCAAUUCCUCGAAGAAUUCAUCACCCCAAUCAUCAAGGCCUCAAAAGGAACACAAACUUUGUCUUUUUAUUCAUUAGCUGAAUUCGAUGAGUGGAAAAAGGGUGUAAAAAAUUUACACCUAUAUAAGGUUAAAUAUUAUAAAGGAUUAGGUACAUCUACAUCAAAAGAAGCCAAAGAAUAUUUCUCAGAUUUGGGACGUCAUCGAAUAAUGUUCAGAUACGGAGGUGUCAAUGAUGAUAAACAAAUUGAAAUGGCUUUCAGCAAAAAAAUGGUAGAAGCUCGGAAAGAAUGGCUCACUGACUGGAUGGCAAGAAGCAAAAAGAGAACAGAAGAUGGUAUUCCAGAAGACUAUUUGUAUACUAAAACAGUUAAGGAUGUUACGUAUGAAGAUUUUGUCAACAAAGAACUUGUACUAUUCAGCAAUCUUGACAAUGAAAGGUCUAUUCCCAAUUUAGUCGAUGGGUUGAAGCCUGGGUCCAGAAAGGUUCUUUUCACAUGUUUGAAACGCAGUGACAAGCGUGAAAUCAAAGUAGCACAACUGGCGGGUUCUGUUGCUGAACAAUCUGCUUACCAUCACGGCGAAGUGUCUCUCAUGCUAACUAUCGUCAACUUGGCCCAGAACUUUGUCGGCAGUAAUAACAUAAACUUGCUUCAACCUAUAGGUCAGUUUGGUACAAGACUACAAGGAGGAAAAGAUGCUGCUAGCCCUAGAUACAUAUUCACAAUGAUGAGUCCUUUAACCAGACUGAUUUUUCACCCGCAUGAUGAUCCCCUCCUUACUUAUUUAAAAGAAGACAAUCAAAGCAUCGAGCCAAUGUUUUAUGUCCCUGUGAUUCCGAUAGUGUUGGUGAAUGGUGCAAGUGGUAUCGGAACAGGUUGGAUGACUAAAAUACCUAACUAUAAUCCUAGAGAUAUCAUCACAGCUAUUAGGAAUAUGAUGGAUGGAAAGGAGCCAACUAAGCUAAUACCUUGGUACAAAGAUUUUCAAGGAAAUAUCAAAGUUUUUACUAAAGAUAGUUAUGUCUGCACGGGUAAUAUUUCUGUAGUAAAACCUGAUACAGUGGAGAUCACCGAACUGCCUGUUGGUACAUGGACUCAGGCUUAUAAAGAGUCAGUGCUGGAAGUAAUGCUGAACGGAGAUGGUGAUAAGAAACCAUCCAUUAUCAAUAGCUACAAGGAAUAUAACACAGACACAUCGGUGCGGUUUGUAAUCAAACUAUCACCUGAAAAACUCAAGGAACUGAACUACAGUGAAGGGCUACACAAAUUCUUUAAGCUGCAGUCCAACAUAACCAUCUCAAGUAUGUGCCUUUUUGAUCGUAACAGUGUUCUGAAGAGAUACGAUAAUGUAAAAACCAUUUUAAAAGAGUUUUUCGCAAUUCGUUUGGAAUACUAUGAGAAAAGAAAAGCAUACCUGACCAGUCUGUUGGAUGCUGAAGCAAAAAAACUUAUUAAUCAAGCGAGGUUUGUUACUGAGAAAUGCAAUGGAAAUCUUACAAUAGAAAAUAAAAAUAGGAAAGCAAUAAUUGAUGAAUUGAUUGAGAGAGGAUACGACUCAGACCCCGUUAAGUCUUGGAAAUUAUCGCAAGAUAAUAAGGCGAUUUCGACAGAUAAUGAGGAAAGUGGACCAAACUUUGAAUAUCUCCUUGGCAUGAGCUUAUGGUCAUUAUCAAAAGAAAGGAACAAUGAAUUGUUGAAGGACUGUGACCAGAAGAAAGUUGAACUUGCAGCCCUUGAAGAAAAAUCAGCAAAGGAUAUCUGGAAAGAAGACCUUGAUGCUAUAUGGAACAAAUUAGAUGAAAUAGAAGGCAACAGUAGAAAAACGAAUGACAAACAAACAAAACAACACACAUAAAUUAAAAAAUAAAACAUACAUGUAACUGCCCCCAGACACAAGCAAACUAGGUAUCAGUACUUUUGGUCCUAUCUAGGUAGGUCCUAUCUGUUUAAGAUGAAUCUUAAUUGAGGUGAAGGAUACUUAAACGCUCCUCACUAAUCCUAAAUAUGGAUGCAACGAUAAAUAAAUUUGAAUAAGUCCGUAUAGCUUGCCGUCUCAACGCCAAACCAAUGAUUGAAAUGAAAUGAGUAUCAUAGUUUUUUAUCAGCUGUUAAAAACUUGAUCCUUCACGUUAGUAUUUUUUCCUUCAUAAUUAACUUAUUGUAUGGAUUUAAAUCCCCAAUUCUGAAGCUUCGGUCCAUAAAAUAAUGGUACUUAAAAUGCUCUCUUGGCUAAUUGAAAAAUAUUGAAAAAGUACUUAUUACUGUAAAUUAUUAUUAAGGCCUUUAUUAAAUGUUUUUUGUGAAACUAAGCAUUUAAAAUGCAGUGUCAAUAACGUUUAAAUUAAAACCAGUUAGAUAUGAGAAAUUAUCAUUGAGAUUUGUACCAAAUCAAAGUUACCAGUAUUCAUGGAACAUUUCCAUGUCAAAUUGUACAUACGUUUUGUAAAAGUAGUAAAAUUUGUACUUUUGUAGUAUAGGUGUAUUAAAUUUUUGUGUACAAAUAAAUAGUUAGUGUUUUAAAUCCCCCCACAUUGCAAGAAAACCCCCAUUAUUAUAUAGCCUUCCAUUUGAAAUAUUGUUCAAGAGGCUUGUCAAUUCAAUCAAACUAUGUUUACUGGUCUCCAUAGGAAAGAAUAUAAUGAAGUUAAAAAUUAUCCUUGAACUACUUGGUAUAAAUAAAA